AUGUCUGCGAAAGGAGGAAAUGGCAAGAAGCCGGCGUCCCCGGCUGUCAACCUGAUCGCUGGUGGUGGUGCCGGUAUGAUGGAGGCGCUCGUGUGCCAUCCGCUGGAUACCGUCAAAGUCCGCAUGCAGUUGUCGCGCCGGGCCAGGGCCCCUGGGGUAAAACCGCGCGGAUUCGUUGCCACCGGUGUUGAUAUCGUCAAGCGAGAGACCGCUCUGGGGCUGUACAAGGGUCUGGGAGCCGUGCUGGGAGGCAUCAUCCCGAAGAUGGCCAUCCGAUUCACAUCCUACGAAACGUACAAGCAAUGGCUCGCCGAUAAGGAGACCGGCGCCGUGACCAGCAAGGCCACGUUCCUCGCUGGUCUCUGCGCGGGUGUGACGGAAGCCGUGGCGGUGGUCAACCCGAUGGAAGUGAUCAAGAUCCGCCUGCAGGCACAACACCACAGUCUGUCGGACCCGCUGGACACGCCCAAGUAUCGCAGCGCGCCGCACGCCCUGUUCACCGUCAUCCGAGAAGAAGGCUUCAGCACCCUGUACCGCGGGGUGUCUCUGACGGCCCUCCGCCAGGGAACGAACCAGGCCGCCAACUUCACGGCAUACACGGAGCUGAAGGCGUUCCUCCAGAGAAGCCAACCCGAGUACAGCAACUCGCAGCUUCCUUCCUACCAAACGACCGUCAUCGGCUUGAUCUCCGGUGCCGUCGGACCCUUCUCUAACGCCCCCAUCGACACCAUCAAGACGAGACUGCAGAAGACCCGCGCCGAGCCCGGACAGUCCGCCGUCACCCGCAUCGUGGUCAUCGCCAAGGACAUGUUCAAGCAAGAAGGCGCCGCCGCUUUCUACAAGGGUAUCACGCCCCGUGUCAUGCGGGUCGCCCCCGGCCAAGCCGUCACUUUCACUGUAUAUGAGCUCCUGAAGGGCAAGCUCGAGCAAUCGCGGUGGAGCUUCGUGGGCGGCACGUUCGAGGAGUGA